UUAUGGCGGCGUAAACAACGCAAAGAUUGGUAGUCGAACCGCUGUAGAAACUAAAAUGUAAAAAUUAAGUUAGAACUAUAUGUAUUAUGUUGUAAGCACUUAGAGGAUUUCGGUUGAAUGUGCAAACUAUUAAAACCCACUAGUUCACCUCUUGGUGGUGUUUAGCCGCUUUUUUCGGCUAACGUUUAGCCAAAUUUGCUAACGUAACGGAAAAGAAGUAUCCAACUUUAGUUAGCCUUAUUUGUAGAAAUGGACUGCGUCGUGACGGGAGGAAACGUGAAAGUGCUGGCCAAAGCCAUCCAUUCUCUGUCCAGGAUCGGUGACGAUCUCUAUGUUGAGCCUCAGGACGAUGGGCUGGCCCUGCGGUCUGUGAACUCCUCCCGGUCGGCAUAUGCUUGCUUCCUGUUUGCACCACUCUUCUUCAGCAGGUACACUAUCCCCAGUGGGUACGCCUUCCGCUGCAAGAUGGCAAUAAAGAGUGUGCAGGCUGUAUUUAGGUCUCUUGUGUCGCUGGAGAAAACAGUGGAAAAGUGUCACAUCAAGCUGGAUGAGCAGAAGGACCGCCUCACCUUCACCCUGCACUGCAAACACGGUCUCCUGAAGACACAUAACCUGUCUUUUCAGGACAGUGAAAGCUUACAGGCAGUUUUUGAUAAAGACAGCUCUGCCAAUGUAUUCAGAUCCCAGCCCAGGCUGCUGGUGGACACAGUUGUGCACUUCCCUCCUUCUCUGGAAGAAGUGACUGUGUCCGUGAGUGAUGAGCGGAUGUGGGUCAGGAACCAUGUGGAGGAAGAAGACCAGUCGAAGGCCAUGCUGACAGAGCUGUGUCUGGCUUCAGACGAGUUCGACCAUUUUUCCGUGCGGACUCACAACAGCGUCACCUUUUGUCUGAAGGAGUUACGGGGUUUGUUGUUGUUUGCAGAGGCUACUGGUCUCCCUAUUUCUAUUUUUUUUGAUGAACCAGGCAGCCCUAUAGUGCUUUCAGUAACAGACAGUGUCCUGGAGGGGAACUUUGUGCUGGCCACUCUGUCUGAUGACCUCAACCGCCGUACAAAAAACAAAAGAAGAGCACCAACACCCCCGCCCCCUCCUGAUGACUUCAUGAAUGACGACAUCGACUCCUACCUCAUCACCAUGGAUACCAGUAUUGCACCAGGUCCCUCUGCUACAGGUCCACCCACACCCCCGUCAGCUAAUUCCACAUGUUCAAAACAGCCUGCUGCAGCCAAUCAAAGGUCAAGGCUAUGCAGUGAGGAGGAGGAAGAUGAAACGGGCGAUUCAGCAAGACCACCUAAUAAAAAGUUCUGUUCCCUGUUCUUUGGAUCAGUGCUUCCUCCAUCUUCUCAGAUGUCCACUCAACCAGUGACAAGUCAGGAAGUGUUGGCCAGUGACAGUGAGGAUGACACACAGUGAAGCAGAGUGACGGAUGGAGAGGAGAGAGAUGGGCUGACCUGAAAAUGUGUUUGUGUAUUGCUUUCACACACAUGCCACCUGCAGCACCUGAAAAGACACUGUCACCUCGAACACUUAUUUUCCAUCUUUACCGGAUUCUUUUUUACAUGGGAAAAAAUAUGCAAAGACUGUACAGUACAGCAUAGGAUGGUCACUGCCAGUGUAUUCCAACUUUUUACUCGAAUAUAAUGUGAAUUUUGACUUGAAAAUAUGGUAUUAUGUGAAAGUGGACAUGAAGCACUUCCUGUUUAUUUUGAGUCUGAUCGAGGCGCAACGAAAAAAAGCUCCUAAAUAAAAGAGACAUAUUUUUCAAAAGUAUGUUAACGUUAUUUUAUUAUUUAUUUACAUGUCAAAAUGUUCAAGUAUGACAGAGAUUUGGGGCCCCCGCACAUCAACCAGUGUGGAACUCAAACUAGCUCCUCAACAGGACAGUAAGACAGGAUCUGGAUGAGGUUCGAAGCACUCAGUAAAACACCUCCUCAUCCCUCCAGAUCCAAGAAUAAA